GAAAAGCGGGCUUCUCUCCCGAGCAGCCGCCGCCGACGCGAUCCGUCCCCGUAAGCCGCCGCCGACGCGAGCCGUCCCAGUCAGCCGCUGCCGACGCGAGCCGUCCCAGUCAGCUGCCGCCGCUCGAGUCCCCUUCCUCCGGCGCCCUGGACAUGUACGGCGGAUAGCCUCGAGCGGCUGCUCGAUUCCCCUCCUCCGGCGUCCUAACCCGCCACCCCUAUCUGCAGCUCGUCGGAGCAGCAAAGGAGUUACUUGGCCCAACGAGUGCUGGCGAGGAGCUCUCGUGGAAGGGCGAGUUGCAAUAAGCGAGAGAGAUAAGGGUGCCAUACCGCUGCCCAAGUCACUCGUUUUGUUCCCGUCCAGUCUCACACACCUUGCCGCUACCUCCAGCUCCCUCCAUCAGCAGCUGAAAGCUCUCGCGGCCCUCCCCUUGCUACACCCUUUGCUGCUGCCAGCUCACCGUCUGCCCAGCUCAGAUCGCAGAGAUUAAUGUCUUUCGCUGGCGCCUCCAUUGUUCAUGCCGGCAAGGUGCUGCAACAGUCGGUGACUUACCCCGGCACAGACAGCAGCAGAUGCUAUCACCUGCUUGUCAUUGAAGGCUACUCGCACAUCAAAGAUAAGCUAACUGGGAAUGGAAUUACAAGUCGUCCUUUCCAAGUUGGAGGAUAUUUGUGGUCAUUAGCGUUCUAUCCAAAUAGUACCAUCUCAAAGCAUGCUGGUUAUAUGUCUGUCUUUUUGUGCUUCGACCAGAAAAAUGUUGAACAACCUGUGAAGGUGGAUCUUCGGUUUAGCUUCAUUGAUGAGCUUGACAAGCAGGAGCAUGGACACAUAUCCCAAGUAGUUGAAUUCAAAAGUGAUGACUCAGUGUGGGGUCGUCACCGUUUCAUGAAAGUAGAGGAUCUGGAGCAGUCAAAACACAUAAACAAUGACUGUUUCACUAUCAAGUGUGAUUUGAACAUCAUGACUUCCUGCAUUGAGGUGCCGCCAUCAAACAUAAUUCAGCAGCUAGAACAUCUCCACUUGGCGGAGGUCUGCACCGAUGUGACGUUCGAGGUUGGCUACAAGACAUUUACAGCUCACCGCUUCAUGCUCGCAGCCCGUUCCAGCGUGUUUACGGCUAUGCUCUCAGGUCCGAUGAAGGAGACAACAACUGAUACUAUACUGAUAAAAGAAAUGGAACCGGAUGUGUUCAAAGCCUUGCUUGAUUUUGUCUACACGGACUCGAUGCCUAAAAUGGAGGCGGGAGGAGAAGCAGGAGAAGACGGCGCUGAGGUUGUGUGGCUAGUAGAAUUGCUUGCCGCGGCUGACAUGUAUGAUUUUCAGAGGCUCGUGUCAUUAUGUGCAAAGAGACUGUCAGAGUACACAAAACUGAGCUCUGUGACGGACAUCCUUGAUUUAGCUGAGCAGCUCCACUGCUACGGACUAAAUGAGGCCUGCGUGGAGUUCAAAGAUUUGUGAAAUGUCAUGGACGUACAGUAAGAUAGCAACAACCGAUCCCCCUGUUAUCUACGACCUCAUGGCCAAGCUUGGUUCCAGAAUAUAGUUUGUUUGUUGUAACUGUGCGUUUCGUUUGGUAUGUAUUGUGCCCGGAUAUCAACAGAGAGGUUGUGAUAUGCUGGAUUCGAUUCCCCUAUCA